CAUCUUAUGGCGUAUAAUUCCGAUCUCUUCCAUAACAUCACUGCAGCAGAACGUGCACCAAGGGGUUUGACGAUUAUCAGUCUGUUUGUUAAGGCAAACCGAGAUACAACGCACACUGAAAUUAACAAAAUAACAAGUGCUCUCAGCAAAAUUCAAUUCAGAGGUAAUACAACUUUAAUAGAAGAACUCUCAAUUCAACGCAUCCUUCCAGAAAACCUACAAUAUAUGACUUAUGAGGGAUCCGUAACGCAACCCGGCUGCUAUGAAACGGUCACAUGGAUCCUUUUGAACAGACCAAUCUUCAUUGGGGAACACCAGUUAAACGCUUUAAGGACACUAAGGAGGGACACACCAGAGAACCCCCAGGCGUUUAUGUUCGACAAUGUUCGCCCCGUCCAGCCUUUACACAGACGAACCGUCAGAACCAACAUUAAUACGAAUAGCAAAUGUCCAAUCCGGAGAGAGGUCAGGUACAAGGUGAAUAAGAAAGUCAUAAAGCAAUAAAACAGUCGGAACUCAGACCAAAUCUACCUCAAUAAGAAAGACCAACAACUGCCCAGCACAAGUCUCCCUAGGUGACGUCCCAUUCCUGUUAUCCGCCGGUUGCCAAAUACUGACUAGUAUCUACUCCAUCUAUAACCACCUCCGGUGACCUUGUGUUUUCAUCGAUCCAUCAUUCAAUUUAACUUGGUGCUAUUUUUUAAAAUUAUUCUUUUAUUCAGAUUUUGUGUUUAUAUGUAAAAACCUUGCGAAUGUAUGUAUAUUUAGUCCUGAUAUUAAAAAAGAAAAAGCGUUUUUGAAGCUGGAAUGAACACUUCUCUUCCCUCCAGAAAGAUUAGAUUUCCCGGAAGUUGAUCAGUCAUUGAGGACCCCAUUGCUGUGAAUUUCUUAUUUGUAAGCAGAAUUCUCCUUUUGUACAAAAGCAGUGGAUUGUAAAUUAAAUUCGUUAGUAAUA